AAGUGUUUGUGUGUCAGAACUCCAAAGGUGCCUCUUUUCCUGCCGGAUCCGCGUGCCCUGCCUUUCCGUCAUGCCGGUGUUUUCCGUAGAUUUUGCGGCUGUUCGAUUAGAUGGUUGCGACAAUGUUUUUUUGCGAGCGAGGCUACCUUAGGAUUUCGAGGCGUAGGUUCCAGUUCGGUCGAUGGGGUUUGGUUGGAGUCAUGCUACAAGCCCAGAACAGCAUAGGCGGGUACUCGGUUGCAUUUCAUUUUACUGAAGCAAGGCUGUAGGUCGAUCAACCUCUACUGUCUAGGUGUUCCCGGCAACUCCCAACUAGAUGGAGGAAAAAAAACCAAGGAUUCGUGAAGAUAAAUCUCAUUUUUUGGACUCCCAGCUGCCGAGGAAUGAGCGUGGUUUUGCUACUCAACUUGUUUUCUGUCAGGAUAUAAGAACACCCUACUCAUACGCUUUGGCGGAGCAUGAUGGGCCAUUUCCUCGGCAUUAGACUGAGCUUUGUUUAAGCUGUCAGGAUGAUGUCUGAAAAGGUUGUUCUGCUGCAUAGUGGAACGUCAUUACAUUUUUUUAAAAAAAAACUAAAAAUCCAUGGUUUCCUGGACUCUAAAAAUCGAUGUGCUUGACCAAUUGAUUUUUAAGGGCAGCGUACCACAAGGGAGGAUGGCCACAACCACAAUGACCCAGAACUGGCCGGGGAUGCCAGCUUACAAGUAGAGUGUACUGACUCACACUCGCAAACAUGAAGAAUCAAUUGACCAGCAUGGUGUUAGUACCAUGCCUCCAUUGAAAUUACGAAAACAUUAAAUGGUUGUGUUCAAUGUGUUGCCUGCUGCUGACUUAUGAUGAAGAGCACUUGGGUGGAACGAACUACAUUCGCCAAGAUAACAGGAGCCUGUCCGAGAACUGGAGCGGCAUCGGUUUGGACCAUGAUCAUGAUGGCCUAGAAGACGAGGUGGCGUUCUCGGAUUUCGACAACCGCAACACCUUCUCUUCGUCGAACAGCGAGCUCCGUUUCUCUUCGUCAAAUGAGCACCUGCGGAACAGAAAGGCGUGCAGAAACCACCCGUCGCUCCUUCCGCCCGCCCUCUCUGCCGACAGUUUGCUUAGGUCAGUCAGCAGGAUGACGGACUCGACUGAAUUUAAGGCCGUUACGACGUGCAAUACCUGCAAGCCCGCAACGAUCAGUAGGGACGACACCGAAGCUGCUGAUGCCAGGUCCUUGAAGAACCUCAACAGCACCGCGCCGCUGUCAAACUCCCGGACAAGGCGCAAUGGGCCACACAUUCUCUCCUGGCUCUUACCGAAGUCAAAGAGGAAGCCAAAACCAGAUGUGUCCCCAAACACCGUCGAAUGCGAGAACAUGUCGCAGCUUCUGAAGGACUGGGGUGUGUUCUCACUGGAUUCCCUGAGGAAAGAGGUCGUUGAGGCCAAUGAGCACAGGGACGCCGCGCUCCAAGAGGUAUCAGAGAUGAAACUAUCACUAGGAGAGCUGACUGCCAAGCUAGUGAGCCUGGAAGCAUACUGUUCGGAAUUGAAGAAGGCUCUAAAGCAAGCGACGAGCGCGAAGAACAUGCAGUCUCACUCAAAGAGAUCGGCUAGGCCAGUUAGCGGGAGCAGAGACAGCUUCUUGCCCGUCAGUCACGAAGUUAUGGUGGAAGGGUUCUUGCAGAUAGUAUCGGAGGCUCGUCUCUCCAUAAAACAGUUCUGCAAGGUAUUGAUACAGCAAGUCGAAGAUACUGACAACGGGCUAUCAGAUAAGCUAAAUCUGCUCCUACGACCGUACCAGAUCACGCUGAGUGACAAGCACCCGAAGCUAGUGCUGUACCACCUCGAAGCUCUGAUGAACCAAGCGAUGUACCAGGACUUCGAGAACUGCACGUUCCAGAAGAACGGGUCGCCCAGGUGCCUGGACCCGAAGCAGGAGCAGCAGGAGAGCUUCGCCUCGUUCGUCGCGCUGCGCAACCUGAGCUGGAACGAGGUCCUGAAGAAGGGCACCAAGCACCACUGCGAGGACCUGGGCCGCUUCUGCGACCAGAAGAUGAGCUGCGUCGUGUCCAUCCUGAACUGGUCGUGGCCGUGGGCCGAGCAGCUGCUGCAGUGCUUCUUCGUGGCGUCCAAGUGUGUCUGGCUGCUCCACCUACUGGCCUUCUCCUUCGUCCCGCCGCUGACCAUCCUACGGGUCGAGGAGGACCGGGCGUUCGACCAGACGUACAUGGAGGACGUGCUGCUGGACAAGCAGCGGUCACGGAAUGGUCCGCCGCCGUCGUCGUCGCAGGUGAAACUCAUGGUGACGCCUGGGUUCUAUGUCCAGGACAGGCUGCUCAAAUGCAGGGUGCUCUGCAGGUACAGCGGCUAGAUCUCUAUCGCUGAUUGGAUUGGAGGUGCUUCGAGUGUUCUUCUUUGACUGAUUGUUAGUUAUUAGUGUGAUGCAGUAGUAUCUGUUCUGCUAGGUUGCAAAGUGCUAUACUGGGACGCCAGAAUAUCAUUAUUUUGACCCUUGGCAUGCCCGUCAGCAUCUCUGUAACAUAAGAGAGUCAUGUUGUGUAAGAAAGAUGUGUGCAAGAUUUUAGCUCAACAGGUUUCCUCUUAACUUUUCGAAGGGAAGAAAGGGGACCUUUUUUUAUGAACAGAUGCAUCAGCCA